AUGGGUGUUCCAUCUUUCUUCAGAUGGUUAUCCAGAAAAUAUCCAAAGAUUAUAUCACCAGUGAUCGAGGAUACGCCUCAGGUGGUGGACGGAGUAAAGCUACCGAUUGACUAUUCAGCAGCUAAUCCAAAUGGAGAGUUAGAUAACCUGUACCUCGAUAUGAACGGUAUUGUGCACCCAUGUUCGCACCCUGAGAACAAGCCGGCGCCCGAGACGGAGGACGAGAUGCUGCUCGCGGUGUUCGAGUACACCAACCGGGUGCUGAACAUGGCGCGGCCGCGCAAGGUGCUGAUGAUAGCGGUGGACGGUGUGGCACCACGUGCGAAGAUGAACCAGCAGCGGUCGCGGCGGUUCCGCAGUGCCCGCGACGCAAAGCUGGCAAACGAAGAGAAGGCCAGGGUGCUUGCCGAGCGUGAGGCCUACGGCGAGAUGAUCGAUGACGCGGUGAAGGCCAAGAAGUCGUGGGACACCAACGCCAUUACCCCUGGCACUCCGUUCAUGGACAAGUUAGCUGCAGCACUGCGCUACUGGACGAGCUUCAAGCUUGCGACCGACCCAGGGUGGAAGAAUCUACAGGUGAUCAUCAGUGACGCUACAGUGCCAGGAGAAGGUGAGCACAAGAUAAUGAAUUUUAUCAGAUCCCAGCGAGCUGACGUUCAAUACAAUCCCAACACUACACACUGUAUAUACGGGUUAGAUGCUGAUUUAAUCUUUCUGGGUCUUGCAACCCACGAGCCCCACUUCAAGAUAUUGCGUGAGGAUGUCUUCGCGCAGGAUAACAGGAGGCGACCCCGGCAGCACGACAUGAUGGAUAUGUCUGCGGAAGAAAAGCAGGCCCUGAUUGAACAGGACGCAGAGAAACCGUUCCUGUGGCUGCACGUCAGCGUGCUGCGAGAGUAUCUCUCGGCAGAACUGCUUGUGCCGCGUCUGCCGUUCCACUUCGAUCUGGAACGGGCGAUUGACGACUGGGUAUUUAUGUGUUUCUUCUGCGGAAACGAUUUUCUUCCUCACCUGCCGUCGUUGGACGUGCGAGAGAACAGUAUCGAUAUACUGGUAGAUAUAUGGAAGGCUGUGCUUCCCUCCUUAAAGACGUACCUGACCUGCGAUGGGAAGCUGAAUCUCAAGGGCGUGGAAAAGGUGCUUGCCCAACUGGGCAACCGUGAAUCAGAUAUCUUCAAGAAGAAAUACGAGCAGGAACUGCGCAAGAAAGAGGCGCAAGAAAGACGCAAGAUGUUAAAGAACAACCCGAAUGUCACCAAGGGGAAGGUUGAUAGAAACUUCACAGUUCCCUUGGAAAGCAUGCCAGUCUUUGACGUCAAUGGGAAUGCCGCUGCGGGUUCUCUGAAUCUGACUAACAAAGACUUUGCCAACAUGCGCAAGGAGAUCACGUUGGCAAAUGAGGGCAACACCAAGGCUCUAGACGCACUCAAGCGGCGUAGUGACGAGAACAGGACACAGCGGACAUCUGAUACAAGGGACUUUUCUCAAGAGGAGCUUGAGAGCGCCAUCGAGGUGUCUAAGGGCGAUAAUCUCUCCGCUGCGGCAUCCUUACGGGAGCGUAUUUUGGCGAAGCGCAAGGCUGCAGAAGAUCCUGAGGGCGCGCCCGAGCCAAAAAAUCCCCAUAAGGCACCAUCUGCUUCGGAGACAGAGGCAGCGACGCCUGCGAGCUCCGAAACAGCCUCGCAAGUCGAUAUCCCGAUCUCCACUGGAAUGCUCACACCUGGAUUUCUGGAUACGGAUACAGGUGUGCGGCUCUUUGAGCCAGGCUACCACGACCGCUACUACCAAGCCAAGUUCCAUGUUCCGACAGGCAGUAUCGACGCGUUGCGCAAGAAAGUGGUCCGCAGCUAUGUAGAGGGCAUAUCGUGGGUUCUCCUGUACUACUACCAGGGUUGCCCGUCCUGGACGUGGUACUAUCCGUACCACUACGCACCAUUCGCAUCCGAUUUCACAGGCAUAUCGGACCUGUCGGUGACCUUCGACCUCGGCGAGCCUUUCCUCCCCUAUGAGCAGCUCAUGAGUGUGCUGCCCGCCGCCUCCAGCCACAACCUGCCAGACGUGUUCCGGUCGCUCAUGUCGGACCCCGAGUCCGAGAUCUACGACUUCUACCCUGAGGAGUUCCCCAUCGAUAUGAACGGCGAAAAGAUGGCGUGGAAGGCUCUCGUCCUUCUCCCCUUCAUCGACGAGACCCGGCUGCUCGCCGCUGUGCGUCAGAAAUACCCGCUUCUUUCCGAAGCCGAGCGCGCCCGAAACGUCCGGCGUGACGAGGUGCUGCUCAUCAGCAAUAAAAACACACAUUACGAACGUUUCCUCGCGCGUCUCUACACGGACCCGGCUCCCCAACCCGUCAACUUCCGUCAUUUCAAAAGUGGCCUCGCAGGCACAGCGCUGUCCGACGCGGAGGGCUUCCGUCCCAACACCAAGAUGCUCUGUCCGCUUGCCGCAGGCUCCCUGCCGGACAUCAGCACCAACCUCUUCCUCAAGACCGCCUAUCGCAUGCCGCAGCUCCCUGCCCCCAGCAAGUCUAUUCUACUCAACGGUUUCAUCCCUCCCGAGGCCCAGCUAUCGCCAGCAGAUCGUGACGCCAUCAUGUACAAGUAUCCUCAGCGCUGGAAUCCUCACACCAUGAAGCACAACCUGGUGCCUGUCGGCCCUGCUGCCGUCACCCAAUACCAACCUCGCAUCGGCGGCUACCGCGCCUUUCUGUUCCACCAACAGCUCAUGCAGGAUCGGCCAUAUCCGCCUGCCCAUAUGCACUCCCACUCUUCUGGUGGCCCUCCGUUGGCCCAGGGUCCUCGUGUAACUCAGUCCCGCUACCAGCCAAGGCGUUUUCACUAA